GCUUUUUUGGGAAGAGGGGCUUCAACCAAGUUAAGUUGCUCCAAAGUCCAGCGCUUGAAUCAGUUGAAGUCAGCCGCUUGGCCGGUCAAGUCAUCUUUAAGUUUAGGACUUCUCUCUCAGGUUAUUAGCUUUUGUGGGGACUUGGAUUUUCAAAUUUCCCGCCACUGGAAUGACCGUUAUACUGUCAACCCCCAAAACUCAAAUUACCGCUAGAUUUUGAAACUUUAUUUCACAAACUUUCGUAGCCAUACUAGAGUUUUGUAGAAGGGUCGUUUUCAAAUUUUGGAGUUUUGAAGUUUCAGCUAACAUUCGUACCAAUACUAGAGUUUUGUAGAGGAGUAAUUGUAAUUUUGGAGUUGAGAUUUAAUUUCAAAAAUAACAAGCACAAUGAAGUCCAGUGUUGAUAGUAGUACUGGAGAGAGUAUUUUAGACGGUGUAGUUUGGAAAAAUUGUAGUUUUUCGAGAAAAAAUUGCUGUAAAUUUCAAACGAAAUCAUGUAUUUUCGCACUGACCGUCUUCCUGAUUCACCUGUCUCAAAGCGAAGUGUCUGCCUUGAAAUUACCCCCGUAUAUUUCGCCCUGUAAAAAGAGUGACGUUGAUUUGGACGCCUGUGUUGUAAAGCAUGGUCAGCAGGCUAUACCAAAAUUUAUUAAUGGUGACCCAAAGUACAGGGUACCAAAGCUGGAUCCCCUCGAAAUCACAGAGCUAGUUGUAAACCAGGGCACCAGACAAAUUGGUCUAUCUCUACGAUUGAAGAACACUAAAAUCUACGGACUUAGAAACGCCAAAUUCGUCAAAUCAACGACAGAUCUGGUGAAACGCCAUAUUGAGUGGGACUUCACUAUAGACUGGAUUCAGAUACUGGGACGAUAUGUGGUUUCGGGCCAAGUCCUUGUGCUUCCUAUCACUGGCGAGGGAGCUGCUAACGUCACCAUAACCGAUUUGAAAAUCACCUACAAAUAUGACUGGGAUCUGAUCAAGAAGGCCAAUGGCAAAGAGUACAUGAACUUCACUAAGAGCGAAAUCAACUUUGAAAAUGGAAGGACUUAUUUCAAGCUCGAAAACUUGUUCAAUGGAGAUAAGACACUAGGAGACAACAUGAACUACUUCCUGAACGAAAACUGGAAGGAAGUUACCCAAGAGUUGGGACCAGCAGUUGGGGAAGCUAUCAGUGAAGUUUUCCGGCUACUUCUCACAAAUAUCGCCGACCUUGUUCCCUACGAAUACAUAUAUCCCGACUAAAUAUCACAUAAAAUACACUUUCUUCUUUUCAGACUGAUAGCACCGCUUACAUCGCAAUGAAUACAUAAAAUAUAUUCAGACUGAUGAGCGCUGCUUAUAUUUAGCUUAAUACAUAUAUACUUUACAACAUACUUCUUAGCUCUUUACUAUAAACUGUCAUCCUCAGCAUUGAUUGGAUGAAAAGAGUCGAAAAAAGAGAAAUUAAUGAGAAAGGAAGAAAAACGUAUGGCAUUCAUUCAAACAAAAUUAACACAUUGUUACAUUGAAAAAGAUUCAGAUUACAGUAAGAGGGGCAUUAGAUUGAAUGGAAAGGAAAAAAAUGGAUAGGAAUCUUUAUUCAAACAAAAUUGUUACAAUGAAAAAGAUGUAGACUAUGGAAGUAUUUGAUUGAAUACGAAGGAAGCAAGAAGAUAGCUUCUUCAUAAAAACCAAAUUGUUAGAAUGAAGAAAAAUAUGUAGACUAUAAGAAGCAUUUGAUUGAAAGGAAAUAGAGAAAUUCAUUUUUUCAUUCAAAAGAAAUUGUUAGGAUGAAAAAUAUGGAGCAUUUGAUUGAAAGGAAAGAAAUUAAUUUUUAAUUUAAACUAAAUUGUUACAAUGAGAAAGAUGUUGGCUAUGGAAAGCAUUGAUUUUAUGAACAAGGAAUGUUGACAGUUUGUAGUCUAUCUCACUCUAGUGCUAGCCUAAUUUAGCUUCUAUCUCUAUUUUGUAAAUAUAUUUCUAUCUCAGUAUUGUAUAAUCAUUAAAAUCAUGUAUAUUUAGAAUA